AUGAGUGAAGCAAACCAAGUGAAUAAUCCUGAUGCUUUAGCAAUCGUUCCUCUGAAACGCAAGCGUGGUCGUCCACGCAAGUACCCUAAACUGGAGGCUGAUCACGAGGGGAAUGCCCAUGUUCCAGGAAUUCAAAAUCUGAACUGUGGGGAAAAUGCUGGUGCUCCUCCUGGAUUCGGAGGGGUCAAUGGUAAUCAGCCAAGGGUCAAUGGUAAUCAGCCACAUCAAGUAGAUCCAGUUAACAAUGCAGUUGAUGCCGUGAUAGGCCAGUCAGUGUUUGGUGUCGUAGAAGCAACAUUUAAUGAUGGAUAUUUGCUGAAUGUCAGGGUUGGCGAUACAGAAACCACUUUGAAGGGUGUUGUUUUUAAGCCUGGACAUUACGACCCUGUUAUGCCGGAAAAUGAUAUUGCCCCAGGUGUUCCAAUGAUCAGAAGGAAUGAGAUUCCCCUCCCGAGAGAAAACAAUACUCAUGGAAACAGCCGUAAACCUGGGCCUAGAGAUAGGAAUGGAACUGCUCAUGCUGCUCGAGCUGCUAAUCUAGUUGGCUCAAAAGGUAAGAAGGUGCAUUCAGUGGUAACCCAACCUCCUACAAUAUCAAGAGGCAAUUUAGUUCCUGUUGUACUUGAGCCUGUCAAUCUAUCAAAUGGUGAACCCAGUGCCAGUGCCAGUGCCAUAAACCGAACUGCCCAUCAGGUGCCUUUCAAAGGCAAGCAGGUUCUAGAUACUACUCAUUCAUCAAAUGGAUCAACAACAACAAACGAGAUCAUACAACUUCAAUCUCAAAAUAACCACCAGAUGAUUGCAAUUCCUUUUAAUCAAAAUCCAGUAGGGGGGCUAGAUGAAUCAGAAGCCAACCCAUUGAAAACAGCUGGUAUGCCUUUUGAAAAAUUGUUAACUGAAGUCAUCAAGAGGGUUCAUGCUCCACCGCAAUCAACAGAGACUAAUAGCAGCUCAGUUGGUCAUGCUCCACCGCAAUUAACAGAGACUAAUAGCAGCUCAGCUGUUAACUUGCCUGUGGAAGCUUCUGGUAUUGUGCCAGGAAAGGAUGCCAGUGACACAGAUCAGGCCCUGUCUGUUGAACCACUGCAAGUCUUACAGCCUAUUGUUGACAAUCAUCCUGCAGUUGCAUCUAGACCUUCUGAGGACCACAGGACUGGCAAAAUGACUCAGCUCUUGCAGGUUUUGCAGGAAAACAUGAUAGACAAUCCGAUGGCUGGGACUGAGGAGCCGGAUUCAGGGUAUUGGACUUGGUGUGGAGGUAACAUAGGACGUGCAGAUACAGAUGACACAGCCGCAGCGCUUGGAACAAAAUCCUUUCAUAAGAAAAAUGCAAUGAAACAAUCAGAGAAACAUGCGUUGAAAAAGAGAAGGAAGUUACAGAUGAAAACCAAGAAAAUAAGCGUGCCACUAGACCUUCAAGAUAUGAGCACAAGAUUGCUUGCUUAG